UCCACAACCUACUCUCUCUCUCCCUUGUAGGUCUUUCCCCCCAGACCCUCGUUUGGCCACUGGUUAAUGGAUAUUGAUUGUUUGAGGGCUGUUUGGGGGUGGCUUCUACUUCUAGGUCCAGAGUUUGCAGGCUGCAUGGCAACAAAUGGAGGCUCAAGGAGAUCACCUGUCUCGCUGUUUUGGUUCCUCCUCUUCCUCUGCUUGCUUCUUCUGGCUCACCCAUCAGGGAAGCUAAAGUUCUCCUUGGCUCCAUUCUCUACUCGGCAGCUCCUCUCUUCCUCGAGAUCUCGGUCCAUGGAAUUACGUCCACAGGCCCCCGCGCUACCUGGCCAAUCCAAAGCAAACGAACAUGAAGUCCCCAGUGGCCCCAACCCCAUCUCCAACAGAAUAAGCUCCUCUAGAGGCAUGGAAUCGCAUAGGUUGAUGGGAGAAAAGAGCAGUAGAUCAGAAGAUACAACUACUGCAAAUAUUUCUGCACGAACUUUUUCCUUAGAGGAGCUAGCUUUGGCUACUAGUAAUUUCUCUCCUGAUUCGAUUUUACGUGAAGGAAGUCACUUUAGAGUUUACAAAGGGAUCCUUCACCAGAAUUCCCAGCUUGUGGCCGUGAAGCAGCUAGACUUGAACUACUCACAGAGCAACCGAGACUUCCUUGUCGAAGUCCUCAUGCUCAGCCUUCUCCACCAUCGAAAUCUCAUGUCUGUAGUUGGGUAUUGUUCUGAAGGAAGUCAUAGGCUCAUAGUCUAUGAAUUUUCUCCACUGGGUUCCCUUGAGGACCACUUGCUCGGUGUUGGGCGAUGCCAGAAACCACUGGAUUGGAAUACUAGAAUCAAAAUAGCUAUAGGUGUUGCUCGAGGGUUGGAGUAUUUGCACAACAAGGCCAACCCACCUGUGAUACACCGUGAUCUGACGCCAUCAAACAUUCUCCUGGAUGAGGAUUUUAAUCCCAGACUCUCUAAUCUCGGGCUUGCCAAGCUGGGGCCUGUCGGGGAUAAAUCCCAUAUCUCCACAAGGGUGGUGGGGACUUGGGGUUAUAUUGCACCAGAGUAUGCAAGAACUGGACAGCUAUCGGUGAAGUCGGAUGUUUACAGCUUUGGAGUAGUUCUGCUUGAGCUCGUGAGAGGCAGAAGAGCUGAAGACAUUCUUGACAUGAACGAGGAAAAGGGUCUAGCUUCUUGGGUUCAUGCGAUGCGCGAAGACCUGAACAGGUUGCCAGGCAUGGCGGAUCCACUACUUCAAGGGAACUAUCCAAUGACAGGUCUGGACCGAGUCGCCUCGAUCGCCGCCAUGUGUCUCCAGGAGGAGGUAGCUGAUCGUCCAUCAAUUGGCGAUGUUGUCGAUGCUCUCAGCUCCAUUGUAGCGUUUUCAACUGAACUCCAUGAGCCCUCAGCAGCUUCAGUGACUUCUUCGCUCUGUCAUUGAUCAGCAUGUGAAGACAGUGCAGAAGAAAACCAAACUUGCUGCCAAGGAGAUUGCUGAAUAUUAUGGACUACCUGAUGUGUGGAAAGAACAAGCUUUUUCCUAUUUUCUACAGCAUAUUUUUGUGUGUUAAUUGUCUGAUAUGUUGCAUGUUCAAUAUGCAACUAAAUCUAUGAUUACCUCUAAGGAUGAUGCCCUUUUUAUUUUGUGUGAGAAAAUUAGGAUGAAAUCCUA